AUUUUAAUAAACACCUCUUUGGUUCAGUUACACUUUGUCUGUAGAGUGUGGUCGGAGAUUAAAACGGGCAGUUCAAACAGACUCACUGAAACGGACAGUUCAAAAGAAUCGGUUCGCUAAACUGAAUCAAAGCGUCCCCGUCGUGUAAAGAUGACACAUCACGCCGUGUGAGGCGUCCGCCAAUCAGAGUGAAGCCCAGUCCAGGAGGCGAAUUUGAAAAUUCAGCCGCAGCGCGAGACUCUCCGGAGAUCCGGAGCAACGUUAAAGCUGGAAUUCGCAGCACCAGCAGUCUGUUUAUCUUUUACCUUUUAAAUGGAGUCCCCGCACGGCCAGACGAGCCUGAGGCACCAGGACAGACCAGAUGCGAUUUUAGACAGCUUCAAAAGAAAUGACGACAUUUUUAGAAACACGAUGGAGGGGAUUUUUCAGAAGUAUUCAAAUUUAGAUGAUCCAGGACUUGAUGUCUGUUUUGAAACGAUGACCUUCAGAACCAGAAAAGGUGCGGUGCCCAUUGACAGUGCAGAAGCAGAACGUGAGCUGCAGCACCUGAGGAGUCGCGUCAAUGCUGAGCAGUCAUUGCGAGAGUUGGAAAGUUCUUACAAUGAGCAGACUCUCUCAGAGCAAGACAUGGAUGAAACGCAGAGAACCGAAAAUGAUGUCUGCCCUUUCAGUCAAAUGGGAAACAGCAAUGACAGCCUGUGGCCUGGUACUGAAGCAUCCCAGCUGUCACUGAACUCAGUGAGUGGGUCGCAAAGCUGCUUGUGGGGAGAGCAGUCUCAGCCAGAGGAUGAGGAUGAGAACCUGGAAAGAACGCUAAACAGCCAUGGCAGCACCCUGCUAGACGUCUAUCCCAGCAUGCUUAACCAGAUUGGUGAGGCAUACCGACGGCAGCACGUGACGCAGGCAGCUAGUGCCGUGCUACGGAGGUAUCGCCGCAAGCGCUGGCAGUCUUCACAAACACAGCACCGCAACCAUAUCCCCAGCAAUAGCCUCAAUUGCACACUGAACAAGACGAUGGAGAGUUCUUUCAAUGUCCAAAAACUACCCCACCUUGACAUGAGCAGCAAUUGUAAUGGUAUGUCGAGCAGAAGCAGUCAAGGGCUUUCACCAUUGAAGACUAUCAGAAACUUAUCCCUUGCUGCCAGCAGAAGCAAUCAGGAGCUUUCUCCAUUGAAGACUAUUAGAACCUCAUCCCUUGCUGCCAGCAGAAGCAAUCAGGAGCUUUCUCCGUUGAAGACUAUUAGAACCUCAUCCCUUGCUGCCAGCAGAAGCAAUCAGGAGCUUUCUCCGUUGAAGACUAUUAGAACCUCAUCCCUUGCUGCCAGCAGAAGCAAUCAGGAGCUUUCUCCAUUGAAGACUAUUAGAACCUCAUCCGUUGCUGCCAGCAGAGGCAAUCAGGAGCUUUCUCCAUUGAAGACUAUUAGAACCUCAUCCGUUGCUGCCAGCAGAGGCAAUCAGGAGCUUUCACCAUUGAAGACUCUCAGAAAUUCAUCCCUUGCUUCCAGUGCAUGUUUUUAUUCACCUAGGAGAGUUCAUGUUGAGGAAAGUCCUGUGGCUGAAAGCAGAUCACCUUGGACAGCUUCGUGUUCAGACAGCGAGUCACAGCAUCGACCUGUUAGGGUGCUGGACCUCUCAACACCUCCAUCCUCUGCAGCUUCCUCCCCUCGUUCCCCUUCUCCAGAUCUGAAUCAGACCUACAACAUCGAGCCUGUUGCGAUGCCAACAUCUUGUGAUGCUUUUGCUUCUGCUGCCUGGAGCCCAAGUAGGUCACUUUGUAACUCGCCAUUAAAAGGAGCAAAGAACUCACCGCUUCCUGGCCAAGGAGGCAGACUAGUCACAACCUUGCCAUCUCGCCAUUGUCACUCUCAGGCAGGGCAGCAGCUUACCAGUCCCUUUGUAGGUAAGGAGUGCUACAGGGACCACGUCUACUCUCAUUCCCCAUCCCCACAGCAAGCUAUCAUUGGUGGUUCAUGUUCUGUUAAAAGAAGUCCCUUCAAAAAAGUUUUUAGCCAAGAACUAGAACAGCAAACGUCAUCAUCCAUCUACUACCCUAAACAAACCUUACCUGCAAAUCAUGCAGAUAACACUGCAGUGUAUAGAUCUCCUUUCCGGAGUCAGCAGGGGGUGUCUUCUUCCUACCGUUAUCAUCCAGUCUCCAACUACCAAGAGAACCUGGCUAUGGCUGAAGUACACCAAUUCAGCCCCAGACCACCAAAGCGUCAGCGAUCCUUCUCUGCCAACCAGUCCUCAUCCUCCCCCAUGUCUCGUAUGUCUCGCAGGCAGAUAGAUGCCGAGUUCAGGAGGCUCUAUCACCAUUUCAUCUGUCGAGGCACUUCCUCUUCUUGCUCCAGCUCUUCCUGUCACCUAUGUGAGAGGCAGUUGGAGGUUGGUGUCCAGGGUUCCCCCACCUUUUCCUCCAACAUGUCUGCUCUCGCUUUAACACCUAUUCAAAGUCGGCUAAAGAAACGACGCAGGCAGUAUGAAGUAGAGGAGUCCCUGAGGCUGAAGCGAUUCCGUGAAAGUUGCUCCCCUAAAAGCCACACCAGUCUUUGGCCAAAACAGCAGCAAGCAACCAAACACAUGAGCACUGCAGUGGUCAAUCCUACUGAAGACAAAUGCACCUGGAACAGGGCUCUUCUCCUGCAGUGUCCCAGCCCUGGAUUCCUCAGAGGCAGUGGAGACAUGAGGAGAGUUUCAGGGUCCAAACCAGGCCUGCAUUCACACUCUCCAUCUCAGCGCCAUGUGUCUGGUUGUAUUGGUCCAGUUGAAGCUAGGUCACCUAUGAGAGCUUGGAAUCAAAGUGGCAUCUCAGCCUCACCAAGCUUGUCAAGGAGACGACUUCUGUAUGGGCCUCUCCAGUGAGGAGCCUUCCCUGUUCAUCAUCGUAUCUCCCGCUACUAAUACUAAAGCAUCUCUGUAGAUGUUCACCCCAAAAUAUUAAUAAUGAACAUUACACAGUAAAUGUAUAUUAUCACACAGCUGUAAUUAUUCUAUUUCCAUUUAUCCAAUAUAUCAUUGCUGUCGGAACAAAACCUUAUCUCAGUUUUUACUGUUUUUUUUCAGAAUUUGAAAAUGCCAGCUACCACUUACAUUGUCAAAAUUUCAUAACUAACAAACAGUUCAGAAUGAUUGAGGAUAAAAUCUUGUAGCAUAAACUUGCACUGAAAGUUAAGAAAUACCAAUAAACCAGUUUAGUCAUUAUCUAGGAUUUUGAAACAAGCCUGAUUGACGAACAGUGGUUCGCAAACCUGGUCAUCAAAUAGCCCUGCACAUUUUAAUGAAUAGCACUGAAGGCUGCAGGACAGGGUGGUCUUCCACACCAGGUUUGAGAGCCACUAGGCUAUAACAUUGAAAGAACUCAGUUGAUGUUCUCUGAUCAGUGAAUGCAAGAACUGACAGCAGAAGUCAUGAAUGUUUUAAAACAAAGGACAAUUUUGACUUGAAUGGUGCUGUUGUGGUUUCAUUUGUCAAAUACAGCCAAAUGAUAUUUUUUGCAAAUCAGUAGUUACACAAUAUGCUGUGACUGAUUAUAAACUGGCUUAAUGGCUUACAUUCGUGGUCAUAGCUUUAAUGUAGUAAAGUUGUAAGCAUGUU